AAAGCAAACAAAUAAACAAGUCAACAGCGUGACUGCAAAGAAAUUCUUUUAUAAAUAGAAAAAUAAUAAAUUUAGCAUAUAAUAAAUUGUGCUGAAAUAUAAAUCAAAUAAAAAAUAUUUAAAAAUAAAUAUUUGCCAAUAAACAAAAUGGAAAAUAUUCAAGAGCCAACAGAACAAAAAGAAGCAAAUGAAACUUGUGAAGAAAUUAUAAAACCAGACAAACAAAUACAGCAGCAACAUGAGGAAGAAAACCAACCUUUACAGCAACAGCAAAAACAAGAAGAACAGCAUGAACAACAAAAUUUAACGGAACCCCAAGCAGGAGAAGAAGAUCAGCAACAAAAACCAGAAGUGGAAGAAAAACUAUUAGAAGCAACUGCUGCACCACAACCAGCUGUUGAAAACAAGCCACCAGAACCCCAAACUAUAGCCUAUGACGAGCAUAAUGACGAAGAGGAGGAGGACGAGGAUGAUGAUGAAGAAAAAGAAACUUCCCAGAAAUUGGUUAUAGAUAUACCCGAUGAAGAAGAAGAAGAGGAUGAGGAAGAAGAAAAAGAUGAUUUAGAGGAAGAGGACAAUGAUGUUAUAGCCUUGGAUGAUUUACCGCAAGAGGUAUUAAAACAAAAAGUAAACGAGAAAGCUUCUCCAAAACCAGAAAUGGCAGAUGCUAUAAUAACUUUAUCCGAUGGCGAGGAAGAUAUUCCCGCCAGUGAAGAGGCUAUUAAACCGGGUAAAGUACAAAAACGUCGUAGUAUGGGUGCUGCCUCAGUGACUGCUGGUCAAGAUGAAGAACGUUUUCGUUUGAAAAGACGUAAAAUUAAUGUGGCCGGUGCUCCCAAAAUGCCCCUAACCGGCUAUGUUCGCUAUAUGAACGAUAGACGUGACUCGUUGCGCAAAGAACAUCCUUCUAAAACUGCCAUGGAACACACGAAAAUGAUUGGUGAAGAAUGGCAUGCUUUGCCAUCGGAUGUUAAGGCGAAUUAUUUGAAGGCUGCAGAUGUAGAUAAACAAAGAUAUGUUAAGGAAUUGCAUAGUUUUCUAAAAUCACGACCCGAUAUUUUAGCCAGUGAAUUGGCUAAAAAUAAAAUACGUAAAACCGGUGAAAACAAUAGUCCUAAUCCAACAGCUAACGCUGCAGCAGCUACGUCCUCUAAUAACAAACCAGUACUUAAAGAUAAACCACAAAUAAAUGAAACAGCGAAGGCUAAGGAUAACAUCAGCAAGGAUAAAAUGAGUAAAGACAACAUGCCCUCAACCUCUACAGCACAACAGGUCACAGAGAAGUUGAGUGGAAAUGAUAAAAACAAACGUAAACGUACACCCACACCGCCCACUUCCACUACCGCCAACAAUAAUACAAAUACAACAACUGCCAAUACUUCUAACACAGCGACCAGCAGCAGCAGUAAUAUCACUUCCACUAUUGUUACACCCACACCCGGAGAAAUACCCAUUUUCACUAAUGAAUUUCUGGAACAUAAUAAAAUCUAUGACAUGGAAUUGCGUUCUCUUAGGAAAUCUAAAACGGAUUUGGAACAACAGAAUUCGGUAUUAGAGAAACAUGUUGAGAAUAUGAAAUUCGGGGUAGAGAAAAUGGUCACCGAGAACAAUGAGUUAGAAGAGAAGAAUAGACUUUUGGAAAUUUAUUUGGAUAAAUUAAAACGGAAAUUGGCUUUGGCCUUGGGGGGUUUGCCCUUGCCAACGGCACCCAAUGGUGCCACGGUGGAGAAUAUAGAUAAAUACAUGCAGGAUCUAUAUAAAAUGUCCACUUCUAAUUCGCAUGGCCCGGCUACUUUGAAUAAGGCUAAGGAUAUUAUUAGAAAAUUAGAUUUACAAAUACAACUCUAAGUUUAUUUAUUAAUUUAUUCCAUAUUUGGAUUAUUUACAACUUUUAACUUUGAACUCUUUUACAGAAAUUUUAAAUAUCCCAAAACCUCGCUUUUCUUACAAUAUUAUUUUAAAGUAUUAGCUCUGACGUCUUAAUAAACAAAUUAUCUGAUUUUAAUGGAAAUUAUUUAUCUAUCGUUAAUUCUUUUUAAAUCCUGUUAUUUUGUUUGUUUAGACGCCAUAGCAUUUCAUUGGAAAUUUUUCUUAUUUUACAAUUUUUUCUAUGAUUUACUUAAACCUUUUUAUGUUUAUUAAAAUACAUUCAUAUUAUUUAUGAAACCUUCCUAAUGUUAAGUUUAUAAUUUUGUUUAUAUAACAAAAGGAAUCCCAUUACAAACUAAUUUUAAGUGCUCGUUUUACAAUUAAAAUAAAUUAAUUUUUGUGGUUUUGAAAAUAAAUUCAUAUAAAACAUUCCUCAAAAAUUUAAAAA